UUUCUUGAAAGUUAAUUACUCUUCCUUUUUUCACUUCCUUCAAAUGCCGAUUUCCUUUCCGCUCUCUGGUGUACUGUACUGUUUCUCUCUCUACCGUGCUCCUGAUCUAUUGUUGUUUCUCUCUCUCUAAAGGUUUGUUUUAAAGAGGGUUUCUCUGGGAGCAUGAAACAUUGCACACAGUACAUGUCAGUUUGGUUGAUGAGCUAAAAGCCAGGAGGGUUCUAACAUAGAGCCACCAAAUUCAGUAAAUACCCUUUGAGUAGAAAUUUUCAAAAUGCUUGACAGAGUACCAAAAGUAGCCCACAAUCUGAAAUCAAUUUUUUUCUCCUCCCACUUUUAGUUGUUCUCUCUCUCUCUCUCUCUCUCUCUCUCUCUCCAGCUCCUUUCUCUUUCUCUCUCUUUGUUUCAGAGCUGAGGGGUCUGUUUUACUCUGACUAGGGUUUCCACUGCAGGUUUGAAUGUGUAUUUAUGAUACUGAAAUCAAUGCUUUUGCUUAAUUAAUUGCUUCUAGCCACUUUCUUGACCUCUUUAUUGAACUGGGUUUGCGUUUUUUUGACAUUUGGGGUUUCCAUUAUAUAACUUGGGAGGGCUGCUAGAAACUCAGUGGCUAUAUACUUGUGUGAUCUAUGGUGCAUAUUCCGGUACUUAAUUUAAUUUCAGUGCUUUAGAAUUUAUUACAUUCAGCUCAUAAAUUUAAGUGGGCCAUUAUUUCUUACUCCUCAACAGUUCUCUUUGUUGCUAAGCUUAACAGGAUCACAUAGUUUCUUUGUUUACAUUUCCCUGUUAGCACUAGCAAUUUCAAGUCCCUUUGUGUUUUUUGGUGCAAGCUUUUGUUGAAAAUUUGUUUGUGAAGUAUUUAAUACUCCAUCCCUUCUUUUGGGUUUUGAUUUUAUUGGGACUAUUGAACAAUUAGGGCUUUUGGGUGGGGACAAUUUUUUAGUUUCAAAAUCCAUAUUGUUCAAUAGACAACUGCAAUUGAGAGGUAUCUGUAUCUGGCAACUUUUGUUAUUCUUGUCAAAAAGAGAUGGAUAUGGAUGGGAAGGAGAAAUUUGAGCCAGAAAAAAGGAAUGGGGAACCCAUAGACUAUCACUCACCCAAUAUGUCCUCAGACUGGCGAUUUGGCACCGCCAAUCUCGUGAAUACGUCGAUGGGAUUGGUUCCCACAGGCAAUCCCAUGGCAAUUUGUAGAGGAGAUCUAAUGGAGCCUUCUUCCAGUUCCUCUACCUACAUGGUUGACUCAUUUUGCCCAACCAUUUGGGAUCACCCUACCAGUUCACAAAACUUAGGAUAUUGUAACGUUAAUACCCAGAACAAUGCCAGCACUUCAAACACAAUGGGAAUUGGAAAAGCAGAUCUUGACUCUUUCAGAAUUGGAGUUGAGAGAACACUUGAUAUGGGUUGGACUCCACCAAAUUCAAUGUUGAAAGGGGCCAUGUCUUUACCAACUGCUUCUGGGAUGCUCCCUCAUAGCUUAUCUCAAUUCCCGGCGGAUUCAGGGUUCAUAGAGCGAGCAGCGAGGUUCUCGUGCUUCAGUGGGGGGAAUUUUAGUGAUGUGAUGAACGCUUUCACAUUUCCUGAACCUGUGAGUCCUUAUUCUAGGGUUUCGGCAGCUAUGAAGCGGCCGCAAGAGGCUUUUGCAAGCAAUGGAUUGAAAUCUUUAUCUGGUGGGCAGUCCCAGAGGAAUGAGGUGAACGUGGCUGAAGUUUUCAAAGGUGGUUCCUUGUCUGUUGAGCAUGGAGCUACUGAAGGGAGUUCACUCAAAAAUGAGAGGAAGAGUGAGAACUUUUUGAGGUCUCAUGAUGAAGUAAAACAAGGUAUUGGUGUGUCUGGCAACGAGUCUGAUGAAGCCGAAUUUAGCGGUGGUGGUGGUCAAGAGGACCCAUCAGUGUUGGAUGGUACAGGUGGAGAACCUUCUUCUACUAAAGGACUCGGUUCAAAGAAAAGGAAAAGAAGUGGUCAGGACAUGGAGCUUGAUCAAGUCAAAGAAGCCCCACAAUUACCUGGUGAAGCUAUAAAGGAUGACACUGAAAUUCAACAGAAAGGAAAUCUAAAUCCAGCUUCAACUAGCAAUAAGCCUAAUGGAAAACAUGGUAAACAGGGUUCUCAAGCUUCGGAUUCACCAAAGGAAGAAUACAUACAUGUUAGAGCGCGAAGAGGCCAGGCAACAAACAGCCACAGUCUUGCAGAAAGAGUGAGAAGGGAAAAGAUCAGUGAAAGAAUGAAGUUUCUUCAGGACCUUGUGCCUGGUUGCAGCAAGGUCACAGGCAAGGCAGUUAUGCUAGAUGAAAUCAUUAACUAUGUACAAUCAUUACAGCGACAAGUUGAGUUUCUGUCUAUGAAGCUUGCUACAGUGAAUCCACGGCUGGACUUCAAUAUUGAAGGGCUCCUUGCAAAAGAUAUCCUCCAAUCACGAGCUGCUCCAUCAUCUGCACUGGGGCUUCUACCAGAUAUGAGCAUGCCCUUUCCUCCACUGCAUCCAUCUCAACACGGAUUGAUCCAAGCAGGUCUUCCUGGGGUAGCAAACUCUUCUGACAUACUUCGGAGAGCCAUUAAUUCUCAAAUGACAGCCAUGAGUGGAGGAUACAAGGAGUCUGCCCCUCAGGUACCCAAUGCGUGGGAGGAUGAGCUCAACCAUGUUGUCCAGAUGAGCUUCAAUUCCAGUGCUCCCCUCGAUAGCCAGGAUUUAAACGGAUCUCUACCACCAGGCAACAUGAAAGUCGAACUUUGAUUGUUGUCCUAGGCUUUUUUAUGCUCUAGCUCCUUGUACCACUAUCUUAUGGGAUAAUAAAGCUCAUAAGAUUUCAUUUCCAGUUAUUUCUGCCAAUAUAGUAUGCUAUUGCAAUGCUCCUACUUAAAAAGCUCUCUGAUCCGGUACACAAGCUGUGAAGUUUCUUGCACACUUAAUGCAGCAGUGGCCUCUUAUUUUGUCAGAAAUGUGAGAAUUCAUAGCUCAUGGGAGGAGGAUUUGUCGAUCACGGUGUAUAUUACACGACAAAAAACCAGAAGUGAGUUGCCAGAGAUCUGGAAUGGAGUGUUUGAUUGCAGUCUUGUAUGCAUCAGGCUGGGUGGGAUUUACAGGAAAAUUGCAGCUGAACCAAGGUGAUGCUUAGUUUGGGUGGGAUUUAAGCUGUAUUUACCCAAAUCAUAUAUUGACUGAAUGACAAAGAAAUGUUAUUCCUUUUUCUUUUAAACUACUUUUGGAUUAUGAUGAUGUGCUAGUCUUUGCUGUAUAUGCUAUAUCUAUUUUCUUGGUCUU